GCGCGCUCGACGCUAUCGCACUCGCAGGCUGAUCAAGUUGGCCUGCCUCCGCCGCCUUCGAAGCCGAUAGAAUUCGACUCCAACCCCGACGUCAUCGCCCUCAAGUCCGCCAUCACUGUGCUGCAGAUGCAGAAGAUGCGCGCGAUGGCCGACAUCCAGGCCCUCAGCCAGAUCAAGAACGACGCCGUGGAGCACCCAGACGAGUUCGCCCGCGACCUGGCCAUGGGAAAAGUUGGCCAGGGAGCGCAACCCGACGACGAGACGACCCGCGCAUGGGUGGCGCAGCCGAUACCAAAGCCCCAGGACGUGGUCCGCUGCCCGCCCAUCAACUGGUCGCAGUACGCAGUCGUCGGCGAAUCUCUCGACAAGCUACACGCCGAACAGGUCAGCCGGCCUACGCAGGGCACGCCGGCUACCAUUGGGACUGGAGGCAUGUAUCAGUUCAAGGGUGGAGAUGGCAAGCAAGAAGAAUAUCCUGGCGUGGCAGCUCCGUAUGCGCCGCUCAAGGACAAGAUUGAAAAGAAG